CUGACCGCCGUCGCAAGCUACCCGGGCCUCAAAUUCGGCCCUUGACCCCUCGCAAAGAAAUUCUUCUUGAGCGUUAAUUCCAGCUGCUGUAUUCAUCCUCAUUUACCUACUUUGUGAGCUCCUCUGUAAAACCACGAUUUUUCUAUACCUGAUCGGGCCGACUGUAUUUUUUACAAUCAGCAACAACACCUAACCUUGCGUCGAACGACAUCAAAACAACAGCUAUAAUGGGUGCUGCAUCUGCCAUUCUCCUCGUUCUCAUCACCAUCAUCUUCCCGCCUGCCGGUGUAUGGGCUGUUUCGGGAUGUGGAAUGGAUCUGUUUAUCAACAUUUGCUUGACUAUUCUCGGUUACAUCCCUGGUCAUAUCCACGCCUUCUAUCUCGAGUACAUCUACUACGACCGUCGCGAGCAAGCCAACGAGGGCCGCUACCCUACUUCCAGAGCUCCUGGUGUCUACUCUGACAAUGUUCAGACCGGAGGACAGGGCUACGGAACUGUCAGCCACGCAUAAUUACCGCGACAAGUGUACGAUGGACUGUUUAUUGGUUUUUUGAAGGACCAACGGGUUAUAUGGUGCCGAGGUGGUUGCGUGGGACGGUUUGGACUGGAACGUUGUACUGAUACCAAAGUUUAAAGAGAUUAUAUAGUGCAGAAUGGUCCCGCGGCGCGCAGUGGAUCUAUAGUCAAUACUAUUCUCCUUUUACCUGCG